AUGGCGGCUUACAACAAGAAGCCAGUUCCAGAUACUUCUAUCCUGGAUCUGAUCGCCAAAGAGGAGAAGGCAGAGGGGGACAAAGCCAACUCCUACUCAUAUAAAGAUUUGCUGAUGACAAAGAAACUAACUCGGAAAACAAUAUUUUCAUGUUAUAUCUGGUUUUCUUGUUCAGUCGUGUACUAUGCCAUAAGCUUUGGCUUGAAGAAUCUGUCAGGUGAUUUCUACCUCAACAUGCUCCUUAUGGCGCUGACGGAGCUGCCAAUUUGGAAGACGUAUCUGUGGUUCCGCAGCGUUCCUUCUAACAGCCGCGGGAUGCUUUGGUUUGGCGAUAUCGACACGGUUAGGAAUUUGGGAUACGCUGCUAUGAACUGCGGUGCACGAAUUGGUGGUAUACUCGCAGGUCAAGUUCUGACUCUGGGUGGAAAUAAGGAUUUGAUGGUGCCAUUCAUUGCACUGGGAAUCAUUGUGUUCCUCACAGUGCUUGCUACACUGGGACUUGACGAAACAAAAGGAAAAGCUUUAGAAGACACCAUGAAAACCUUUACAUCAGAGACGCCUGAGCGGGGGAAGUUACUCAUAGUGGAAGAACAACCAUCACGUCCUUGUGACUACCAGCCUGACUUGCUUCCAGACAAAGAUGCUUCCUUGAAUGGGAACAAAGCGGUGACUAAAGCUAAGCUCAAAACGUCACAAACAAGCUAA